AUGCCUGGGAAGUAUUGGGGAACCCCGGCUAGAUUUGUGAGGGCUGUGGCCAUAUAUUCGCAAACUCCAGAAAUCGACACCCCGUCAGAUGACAACCGAGAGUUCUUCAAGGGGAUGAAAUAUGACGAGAAUAAUCAGGAUACCGAUGGCCCUGUACAUGUGUCAUUCGGCGUUCAGUACAUGCCGUUCCAUUCUGCAUGGUUGGAAACUUCGGAGGCAUUGGGGUAUCCGCAACUCGAAGAUCCGAUCAACGGUUCUGGAACUGGUCCAUUUGUCACUCCUGUUCCAUUGAUCCGGUCUCCCACACGAGAAGCCAUUCCAGCGCGGCGUAUCUGGGCCAAGAUUGAGGGUGUUCUCGCCUGUGUUGUUCGGUUCAUCAAGGAUCAGAAGAGUUUCACGGUUUCGGCCCAAAGGGUAGAUAUCUUUGCUGUAGGGACGACGCAGACGCCUCAAAUAUCGGAGCUGUCCAGUAUUCGAAGAUCGUCAUUGCUUCAGGCCCGUGGAAUCAUCCCGAUCAUUGGCCAUGCGGGUGUUGGUGAGAACGUACAAGACCAUGGAAUCGUACCCUUCGAUUAUGAGAUAACCGAUGGACUUCCCUCGGGGAACAUGGCCAGAGACCCUGCAGUUGCCGCAGCAGCAAUGGCUGCAUAUCAGAAAAGCAGCCCAGGUCCAGGUUCUCCCCGAGAGGGAGAUGAUCCGACGAGAAUCUUUGGUCUCAGUCAUCCAGGAUUCUUCAUCAGUCUUGUGACUUCACUCAGUUACCCUCUUUCCCGGGGCUCUGUGCAUAUUCAAUCUGCCAAUCUAGAAGACGUGCCAGUAAUCAAUUAUGGAAUCAUUCGCCAUCCAGUUGACCUCAACCUACAUGUCCGGCAUAGCAUGUCGCUGGGCUGGACAAGUUUGCAGAGGCUGAACCGAUGGCGUCGCUACUUCAGAAAGGGAACAAAAGAACUGUGCAAGGAGCCCGUGAUAUCGAUGUAUCACGGCAGUGAGACGUGUGCUAUGAUGACUCGAGAGGACCGCGGUGUCGUGGAUCCUAAGCUGGAGAUUUAUGGGACAAAGAAAUUGCGUGUUGUAGACGCCAGCAUCUUUGUCGGAGCCUCGAGACAAUAUUUAAGCAACGGUAUUUGCGGUCGCUGA